AUGGAUUCCCAGUUUCCACCAUCCUCGCCUAUAGCUAGCUCCCAUCAAUACGAUCUUCAAAAUCCGUUUUAUCAACCAGAAAAGGAUGCUGAUGGGGUACACUCCUCUCCAACUUUGAGGCUGUUCAAGAACAAAGAUGAGACUAAGAAAGAGCCAAGAAAGGAUUAUCCAACUCCUCAUCCUUCAUCAACUACAGGCAGGUCUUCUUCUCCUGUAAGGGGGCUUGUGGAUGAAAUAGCUUCCUCCGACUAUGAAAUCGAGAGACAACUGGAAACUGAGCUUAAAAAAGUGAACCUUAUUGACAUUACAUUGGACCCAAGGGAUAGUUCCAGACUGUGUAUUGGAAGGAAGAAGUCAGUUUGUGACAUUCACCUCCCUCGUGCAAAAAAUAUUUCUAGACAACACGCGUUCAUCUCUUAUAUUAGCGAAUCGAAUGAAAUUAAACUUGAAUGUAAUGGGACUAAUGGCCUUGUAGUUUCAUUCCCUCGGAAAUUAUCUCAUGUGCUCAUAAAGAGAUUAAAAUCGUCUAACGUUUACGAACUUGUUACAAAUGAUAAGGUUGGUAAUGGUGUAGCAGUUACCUCUGAGGAAAAGGAAUUACUGAAAUCUACAUAUUUGACAUCUUUCGUGCUAUUGAAGGGCGAAAGUGUGAUCAUGCCAUAUAUGAAGGAUACCAUUAUUGAUUUUAGACGGUGCGAAGGACGUUUAAGGUUACAGGAUGUUACAACUGACGAAGAGGAUGCAGCAAACGCGACAGAAACUGAAGACGAGGCAGAAAGAACCGAGGUACAUUUGGGUGACUUGAAUGAUAAUGAAAAUAAGUUUGUGUUCCACUCGGGGGAUUCUAAGAAAACAAUUAUCCCGCUAAAGGAAAUCGAACGGUCUCCUCCUACACCUAAAUGCAAAGUUCCAUCGGUAUCUCCUAUAGCCAUAAGAAACAGCACACUCUCAAACCCCUCUAAUGUGGAGAAAACUGAGGAGAAAACUGAGGAGAAAACUGAGGAGAAACCAACUAUGACACCUUAUAGCUCGUUUACCUUAAAAACACCAACCGCCCCAAAGAAGGUUGAAACAAUUAAGUUGCUAGAGAGCAAUUCUACACCAAUAAACCGUAAAUCUGGAGAGAUUUCCGAUGAAAAUCGUCGUCGUAAACUAAAUACACCUUCUCCAAAGAAGAAGUUGAAAAAGAAGAGUAGAAAGCAAAACACUCAUGAAGAGUUAAGCAGUGAAGAUAUCCUAGCAGGGUUGACUGCAAAGGGAAUUGAUUACAGGGAGUUACAACACGUUUUGGCUAAUCAUUUAGCUUUCUCUAAUAUUCAACAGGUUCCAUUGUUCCAACUACAAGAUGUCAAUUCAACGAUAUCAAACUUGAGCCGUACCCAACUACGAGCAAUACUUAAUGAUGAACAAUGCAUUGGUGUGAUUUAUCGUACCGGUAAAGACGCUGCUGGAAAACCAUUGGAUGAAGAAUAUUACUAUGAUAUGGAAAAUGACCCAGAUAAUGACAGAAGGCAGUUGGUUGCAUCACUCAAAGGUGGUAGAUCUGGCCUUAGAUCGUGUAGAAGAGUACACAAACAAUACUUUUGGAAGAAACCUGCCAAAUAA